CGCACUCGAGGCCCGAGCUGCGCACGCACGCUCGGCCAUGGCUGCGGUAGCGUUGCUGCUGCUGCUGCUGCUGGUGUCGCCGGCCGCCUCAGCGCCAGCGCGAGACCCCUUCGCCCCGCAGCUCGGUGACACGCAGAGGUGCCAGCAGCGUUGUCACCAGCGCCACUCUGUCCCGCCACCCGUUCAGCCUGAGCCAGAGAGCCCCUCAGAGUCCCCGAAUAACAAGGCCGUCCUUGUCAGUGCUUGUGAGCGUGGCUGUCGACUUUUCUCCAUCUGCCGCUUCGUGGCCAGGAGCUCCAGGACCAACGCCACAGAGACAGAAUGCAAAGCCGCCUGCACUGAGGCUUAUGUGAAGGCAGCAGAGCAACGGGCCUGCAGUGACGGAUGCUGGGGCCAGACCCCUGAACCUGAGACCCGUCUGGAGCUGAAGAAAACAGCUUUGGAACCACCCAGAGGAUCUCUGUCCCUGCUGGAAUGGUUUUCCAUACUCUGCAGUGAGCUCAUGAGUUCCGCCCAGGGCCUCGUGUCCUCUACAUGGACAUACUCCCUUCAGACAGACAACCGGAAGGUGGUGGUGUUCCAGACUCAACCUGUGGUAGAGAGCUUUGCAUUCCAAGGGAGCCGUCUUAAGCGAAUGGAGGUGACCUGGAAGGGGUCCCACCCUGAGGCCCUGGAGGGGCACAUGGACCCUUUAGGCCCCUUGGACAAAGAGAGGAGGACUAAGACCCGGGUGAAGACCAGCAAGGCCAAGGUGGAGUCUGAGGACCAACAAGAGAAUGACUUCCUCAGUUGCAUGUCCCGGCGCUCGGGGCUGCCUCGGUGGGUAUUGUUCUCCUGCUUCUUCCUCUGCAUCCUGGUCUUACUGUGGCUGAGUUGCUGUACCCUGGUCACCACACCUGGCCAGUCCCUCAAACUCCAACCUCUGGUGGCAGAGCAGCAUAAGAAUCUCCUGGUGGAGUCAUACUGGCCUUUGUUCCCGCCCCCGCCGCCUGCCUAUGAGGACAGCCCCCCGCCCUACAAGUUAAAGCUAGAUUUGACCACGCUGUAAUCCUCGACCUGUUGCCAAGUGGAGGGGGCCUCUCCACAGUCAUUUCUCUCUGUACCCUGAAGUCCAAGGUCAGGGUGGGGAACCAGCCUUGGGCCUCAUCUAGUCCCCAGUCCUGUUUCCCUCUCUUCAGCAAACCCCUAAGUCCCCUUGAAAUAGAGUAACCUGAAUGGCUGGGAGGGGGAUCUGGUCUCCCCACCCCACUGUCUUGCUUCCUCUGGGGCUAGCUUUUGGCUUUUCUCACAUGCUCUGGCUAUGAAUCUGGUCUGUGUUGCCUUUCUUUUUCUUUCUCUGUGUCCUCACUUGGGGGCUGAGGUCUCCGGUUCCCCUCUGCUAAGGCUCUUUCCCUUCAUUUAUCCCUGGUGAUGCAGUCCCCCACAAGGGAGCAGUGGAGACUCCCUGCUGGGAGGGGAUGAGAAGGAGUAAACCUUUAAAUAAAGUGAAUAAAAGAUAGGGUGG